AUGUCUGAAACACAAGAGGUUAGUACUGGGCUACCAGCUCCAUGGACUGUUAGAUACAGUAAGUCUAAGAAACGUGAGUACUUCUUCGAUCCCGAAACUAAGAAGUCACAGUGGGAAGAGCCCGAGGGCACUGAUCAUGAGCAAUUUAUAAGCUAUCUGAAGGAUCACCCAUUGCGUGUACGUUGUCUGCAUAUCUUGAUCAAGCACAAGGAUUCGAGGAGACCAGCAUCGCACCGCCAAGAAAAGAUAACGAUUACCAAAGAGGAAGCUAUAAAGGAGUUGAAAGAGAUCCAAGCCAGGUUAGAGGAAGAUCAAGAACAGAAGAAGAAACACAGUUUUGAGGCAAUUGCCAAGGAGAGAUCAGAUUGUUCAUCUUUCAAGCGUGGUGGUGAUCUGGGUUACUUCGGCAGGGGUGAAAUGCAGCCUAGCUUUGAGAAGGCCGCUUUUGCACUAAAGAUUGACGAAGUAAGUGAUAUUGUGGAGAGUGACAGUGGUGUCCAUCUUAUCAAGCGUGUUGGUUAA